UGGCUGGACAGCGGGCACUGGGUCACCAGGCAUCAGGUCAUUUGGCUCGACAGCGGGCACCGCGUCAUCUGGCAAGGCAGUGGGCUCCGAGUCAACAGGCACGACAGUGAGCACCGGGUCAUCAGGUACCGGAUUGUCUGGCUCGACAGCGGGCAUCGGGUCACCAGGUAUGACAGCGGGCACUGGGUCACCAGGCAUCAGGUCAUUUGGCUCGACAGCGGGCACCGGAUCAGGUACCGGAUCAUCUGGAUCAACAGCGGGCAUCGAGUCAACUGGCCUAAUAGGAUCGUCAGGCUGGAUCAGUUCAUCAUGCUGGGUAGAGGCAUCAGGCUGAAUGCCGGCGUCCGGCUGAGUAGAGGCUUCAGGCCGAGUAGAGAGGCUUCAGGCCGAGUAGAGGCUUCAGGCCGAGUAGGGGCUUCAGGCCGAGUAGGGCUUCAGGCCGAGUAGAGGCUUCAGGCCGAGUAGAGGCUUCAGGCCGAGUAGAGGCUUCAGGCCGAGUAGAGGCAUCAGGCCGAGUAGAGGCAUCAGGCCGAGUAGAGGCAUCAGGCCGAGUAGAGGCUUCAGGCCGAGUAGAGGCUUCAGGCUGAACCACGGAAGGCAGGCUCACCGAUAGCAGGGCAGGAGGAGCUGUUGGGAAUGCAGGAAUAGAGUUUUGAGGAAAUAGAUUAGAAGCAGGAACGGGUCUUUGUAAGCUGACUGAGGCUGGGUGCAACAAAUCUGUCCAUGUCUGCAGUAUGGGUUGAACAAAGCUGAGCUUACACAAAGCCUGUCUGGUCAAUGACUGUACUGCGUUUAUACAAUCUCUUAGUGUCUGUGGUGAACAUGUAGAAUAACGCUCCAGAAAGU